UGGAAACGCAGCUCCCAUUGGCUGCGAGGAUCGCUGCCUGCCAUUGGCUGCUCCUCCUUCUCCUGCCGCCGCUGGUUGGCUGAUUCCCGUCCGCUGCCGCUCCGCUCACGACAGCCCAGGCGGCAGCGCAGCCGUGCCCGCCGCGCCCAGUAGGGCAGCCGCUUCCACGGGAAGGCUCCGGGGCGGCGGCUGAGGAGCCAAUAGGAAGAAGGAAGCUUGGGGUGCGGGCGGCGGCGGCGGUCAAUAGGCGGGCGCGCCCGGGGGCCGGCCUGCCAGCUGGGCCGCAGCGGUGCUGCCGCCAGCCAUGACGCGGAGCUGCUCGGCGCUGGGCUGCACUGCCCGGGACACCGGGCGCAGCCGGGAACGCGGCAUCUCCUUCCACCAGUUCCCCGUGGACGCCGCACAGCGCCGCGAGUGGAUCCGUGCCGUGAACCGUAUGGACCCGCGGAGCCGCCAGGCCUGGCGGCCUGGCCCAGGAGCCAUCCUCUGCUCGAGGCAUUUUACCAGUGAGGACUUCGAAUGUUACGGCAUGCGGCGGAAACUGCGGCGGGGGGCCGUGCCCUCCCGCUUCUUCCCCCUCCUGGAGCCGAUGGGCAUCGGCUGGUGGCACAAGCCCUCCACCCGAGCGCUGAAGCAGCCUGUGCCCAGCCCCGCCGCGGAGGUCGCGGCCGGCGACCACAACUACAGCCUGAAGGAGGAAGAGCAGGCAGGGGCCGCACCGCCGCAGCCCCAGCGGCCGCCGCAGCCUGCGGGCAGGAGCGACGUUCCCGCGCACCGGUCCAGAACGAUGGGAGCCAUCCUCCGGCAGCUGGCGGAGAAGCAGCACCUGCCGGAGGAAGUCAUGAGCCUGCUGCAGGCCCAGUUCUCAGAUCUCCCUUGUGAGCGACACAGCUGGAGGAAGAUGGCAGAAUACUCCCUGGAGAUGAGGCAGUUUGCUUGUACUCUUCAACUCUACCACAGAAAAGCCUAUGAUUGUCUACGGAAGAUGUUUCCCCUUCCUCAUCCUUACAGCUUGACAAAGUGGCUGUCCACCAGUGAGGCUGCCGCAGGCUUCAGCAGCAGCAUCUUUGCACGCCUGCAGGAGAAGGUGGAGAAAGGGGAGCUGGCCUACCGCUACUGUGCCCUGAUGGUACAGGACGUGCCCCUGCAGAGGCAGCAGGAGUGGGACCUGCAGGGCCGGCACCGCGCAGGCUUCGUUGACUUGGGCACAGGUGUCCUAGAUGCCGACGAGGCUCCGCUGGCCUCAGAGGCCAUCAUCCUGAUGGCAGUGGGCAUCUCCAGCCCAUGGGCAGCCCCACUUGGCUACUUCUUGGUGAGCAGAGCCAGCGGGCCCUUGUUUGCCCAGCUGCUUCGUCACACCAUCAGCAAGCUGAACAACAUUGGUGUCACGGUGCUGGCCGUGACCUCAGGUGCCACCGCGCAGGGCGCUGCCACCGCCACAGCUCUGGGCAUCAGGAUAGAGCCAAAGAGGGUGCACUGCACCUUCCGGCACCCGCCUGGCUCUGCACACAGCAUCACCUACCUGUACGACUUCUGCCACGCUCAGCAGCUGGUAAGCAAUGCCCUGCAGAGCUUCCAGAAGGUAGAGUGGCUCAGUGACACUGUGCAGUGGCAGCACGUGGUGGAGCUGGCAGCUCUGCAGGAGCUGAGGGUACCAAAAGCAGGCAGGCCUAAGAGUAAGAGGUCUUCCUACCUUAAGGUCAACCUUGCCACCCUGGUGUUCAGUGAGAGUUCUGCCGACGCUCUGGAACACCUGCAGAAGCUAGGCCUGGCCUCCUUCCAAAACUGCAAGGGUACUGCCAAGUUUGUGCGCCUGAUGAGCAGGCUGUGUGCCCUGUUUGAUGGCAGAGGUGCCUACAGGAGGGAGCCACACGGGCCUGUGCUGACUGGAAACCACACCAAAAUCAGCCACGUCUUCAAGGAGAUCAGAAGCUGCUUUGGCACCCUCAGGGACUCCAGAGGGAGACUCCUUAUCAAGGGCAAACACAGACUGGGCUUCCUGAGCUUCUUGCUCAACACCAAAAGCCUCAGCUGGCUUUACACCCACUACAUGUGCUCAGAAGAUGCUCCUUCCCAGUACCUCACCUCUGCCUUCAGCCUCGCCCUGCUGGAGCAGUUUGUCAGGACCCUGCUGGAGGCCUGUGGCAGCAGGAGCCCCACCUGCUCCGCCUUCCAGGCUGCCUACCACAAACUGCUGGGGGCCUGCAGCCUGGCCCCGGGCUCAGCACACAGCUGGGGCUUAGCCCACGGCAUCUCCUUGGGCCUGUCCCCAUCGGGUAGCAGGGAGCUGACCCUGGGCAGUGUUUGUGCUCAGUUCGCCCCAGCCGGCAGGAGGCUGCUGAGCACAGCGCAGUCCCUCCGCGCAGCCCCCACGCCCGGCUCUGCGCUGGGCGAGGCGCUGACGGAGCUGUCCUUGCACGCGUGGAGCGCCGUGGGCACCGCGGGCUGCGUGGCGGAGCAGCUGGCCGGGGAGCUGUGCUGCCAGGCCUGCCUGGCCUCCCUCUUCCGGCUGGACGAGAGCAGGCCAGGGGCAGGGGCAGUGCUCUACAUCAGAAAGGCAGCCGGAGUGGCUCUGCCCUCGGCCAGCCUGUGCCACAUCGCCUGCGUCUCGGAACGAGUCCUCAAGUGGCACAGCAAAGGCGCAGAGUGCAGCAAAGGCAGCAAGCUGUGGCGCUUGUCUCUAGAACACAAAGUCCUCCGGGAGCUUCUGGGAGGAAAUGAUCUCUUCCCCACGCUCACAAGCCACUUCCUCGGUGGAGAGCUGUGUGUUGACAACCACUACGCCACCUUAGUGAAGCAGAUAACGCGGCGGUACUUGGACAUCCGAACAGACCACACCAGGCACCUGAGCUUGAGCUACCAGCGGGGGCGGCCCGGGGGGAAGAGACUGAAGGGGACACACCCAGGUAACUGUCAGUCAAGCCAGAUCCAUGCCUGGUCCUGAGUGCUCACUGCUGCUCCCAGGGUGGCUGUCCCCUACUGAGGUAUGCAGAUGGACCCCUCUAGGCAGCACAGCGAGGGCACAAGGUGGUGUCCUACCACGGUUUUAGCUGGCAGCUGGUGGUGAUGAGCAGUGACCUGCUGGUCCCCUGCAAACCAUCUGAGUAAAGCAAACCCUGUGUUGAUCUGGGAUCCUGUAAAGCAGGCACAGACUUCGUGAGACUUGGGUGGCAGGUCAGGACGAGCUCAGAGUGCUCGGGGGAAAAGUGGUAAGGGACACCUGAAGGUAUUGGGUGUUUUCAGGCUGGAAGUACUUUGGGCAGAGGAAAAAGGUUAUACCUUCCCUGGUGGUUGUGGGGAUCUUGUGUGCUGGUAAUAUGCACUUACCAAAGCAGACCUUCUUUGAGACAGCUGCAGGAAAGCAAGCUUGCAGAGCCUUGACUUGCAGAAUAAAGCUAUGAAAUGAA